UCUGAUUACACACACACACAUGCACAGAAACGCACACACACAGAGACGUAAGUUCUGUCUUUGUUUUAUUGUUUUAUGAAAUCAAAGACAAGAUUCAUGUUGUGUGUGCUGAUAUCUGAUUCUUCAGUCAAUAUUAACUGCUGAGUAUAAAAGUGUUUACACAAGCGCUUAAAUAUUUAAAGUCACCUGACUGAAAUGUUUUCCUAAAUCAUUUUAGAAACUGAUCUGAAGCCAUUUGCUGAAAUGAGUUUUGUGAACCUGAAUGAAAUUCUGCCAACAUCUUACUGGUUUAUAAUAAAAGUCAGAAGAACGGAUGUUUAAAACAUCUCAGGCUGAAACCUCAAGAGGUUUUGAGAUCAAAUGACAAGAGAUCAUUACUGCACAGACUUAAGGAGAGUUUUCUCUUGUUUUUACUCACAUCAUUUCAUUUCUCUUAUUUCACAGUUUUGAUUAGUUUACUGUUAUUCUAAAAAAGCUAUAAUGAGAAAGACUAUAACCUUAAACAUUUGACCAGUAGUGUAGUUUAGGACAACUAACUGCACCGUACAAUUGGAUCUUUUGCCAUUUCCAUAAAAAUGUUUUGUUCAGACUUAAUUCUGAUUUGUCUUGAGAUACAUCACAAACUUGUCUUCUGUUGCUCAAGACGGAUUAUGGGCAAUGUUAUCCAAAAUAAACUGCACAGGUAGAUCACAGGCGGGGGGGGGGGGGGGCGGAGCUUAACAGAGAGUAAAUUAUAUGACUAACUAUCUGUAACGCGCUGACACUAAUCUUCGAUGCUAUUUAAAGCAGAUAUUUCUUAAGUUAUUGUAAUCUCUGUGUAUUUGUGUGUGGUAUGAGAUGAAAGAUGGUGGGUGAAGUGUGGAAUGUUGGGAACUGCGUGCGUGGGCAGAGGAUCACAGCCUGUGACGUGAUUGGUUGAGAUGAUGAGUGGGCAAGAAUCGAAUCAAAGAGUUUAGUGUAAGAAACGCAGUGUUUGCGUGCAGUUACACACACGUGUCUGUGUUUAUCACGUGAGUCACAUAUACACAAACACAUUCAGUCGUAGAGGCAUCUGGAGAUGGACAUGAACACCAGGGAUGUGUAAGAUAUUUGGAGGUGAUGGUUCUGGGCAAACAGGUGGACUUUGAGCUCAGAUUGGGUUCAUCUCUGUACUUCUGAAUGAAUGAUGCUAGGAUCGUCUGGGAUUGAUGGAUUACAGCUUUGUUGUUCUGAGGAGAUGGAGGUCUUGUGAUGGAUAUUAUGGAAGAUUUCCAAAGGUCUCACCAGGAUGACCCUCAGGUUUAGUGUUGGGGUGUAACUAACUACUCAUUCGUACUCGUCAGUAGUGUGAAUGUAUCGUGACAUCACUGUUAAAGCCUUAUAUACCGUCGAAUAUAUAAGCUGUUCUUACUGAUUCAUUUCAUCUGAUUCAGAUGUAGAUCAUGAUUCACUGAUUCAUUUAAACCACGGUCAGUAAAGUAUUUAGUGAAUUUCUGCAGUCUGCUUUCAGCAGUAUGACUUUUUAUUGGUUAUUUAUUUCAAACGUAUACUAUCCAAUAGAAAUCUGUCGGCCUGAUUAGGAUCUGUUUUUGUGCCUUUAUAAAUCUUAUUAUAAAGAGAAAUGUGGCCAAUGUUUAAUCGUGUAUCAUCUGUUAAACAUUUAAAGAUGUUACCCCUUUAACUUUCAUUACAUCUUACUGCGUUCAUACAGAAGAGAAAGUUUGACGGUAUUUGUGUCACAGUUAACACUUGUACCUUGACAAACUAGUUUUUCAAAAGCUUUUCCAACCUUCAUGACCUUUAAAAAUGAGAAGCAUUGAUGAACAUGUGGUGACAGGUUAAAAUCUCUGUUCACACUUGACUCUCUGUCUCGCUUUGGGCACUUUUUGUUCAUUGGUCUUUCUCUGCUCAUACUGUAUAUUAAUCUAACUAAACUACAUAGCGUUGUUUCUGUGUGAUGUCAUUGACUGUGGACCAAUAAGCCUCCAGAGUCUUUUCCCUGUCCCUUUCAUGUGCGUGUGUGACUUUGCUUCUCAUCACAAUGUUCGUUAGUGUAAGGAAGAUGAUCUCCAUUUUUGAAAGUCAAAAACAGUCACGUCCUGUGUCGUUUCCUCCAUCGUUGUCUUUGUCUCGUACACGCCCCAGUGAUGAAACUCAUAACUCUACCCAGCCCGGACUCCGGCACAUUCCUCCUCCAACAAAUUCUGAGCCACACCAUCCCCCUUAUGCUGUAAACCUCAACCCUCGGCCUAGAGUCGCCCCUUCACCUGCCAAACAGCACCUCUGUCCUGAAAAGCAAAUGAAAUCACAUGUAACUCUGAGAGAAUCUGGUUCACUUCAACCAACUCUGCGCACCAGGGUUCGUGAAUCUUGGCCGUCGGGGGCGGUCGAUUACUAUCCGAGGGCUUGUCGAUUGGCUGUAUCCAUGGAAACCAAAGAGUCAAUCGGCAGCAAACACCUGCUACAUACGUGUGCCAGAAACAAACGCAAAGACCCUCGUUUAGAUGGUGCUACAGUAUCCAGAUCCUCCGUCCCACAAUCAGUCAGAACAUGCCCCAUCAAUGACACAAAGACCACAAAAACCGCCGAAUGUCCAUCAGAAAUCAGAGGGUCUGCCAGGCAAACGUCUGAUGGAAACGCCUGUGGCCCUUUGACAUCAGAUAAGCAGCCAGUCGUGUGUACGGCUCCCGCUGCAGGCUCUGGUCCCAGAACUGACCCCGUUAGCUCAUCCUGCCGGUCCGGCCCAUUCAGUGGUACGGAUCAGAGAUCUCUUCAGAGGGAGACACGUAAACAGAGACUCCGCCCCUCUGACUCCACCCUGCUCUCCCUUCUGCUUUUCUUCCACAGUGGAACAAACAGCAGCAUGGUCGCCAUCGAUAACAAGAUAGAACAAGCAAUGGACCUGGUAAAGUCUCAUCUAAUGUUGGCUGUACGAGAGGAAGUGGAGAUUCUGAGGGAACAGAUUAAGGAGCUGUCUGAGAGAAACGCUCAGCUAGAAAGAGAAAACUACAUCUUGAGAGCCCUUAGGGACAGAGACUGAGCCAAACACUUGACGCUAAGCUCAAUGCAUGCUGGGAGAUGUAGUGUCAUGAGAGAAGUGCCCAGGAUAAAGAGAGGUUGUUAUGGGCGUUUUACACAGUACGCAGCAGUUGCGAGUGUCUAGUUCAUUUUCAAUAGGAGAUGUGCCUAAAGCGGCAAAACGUGGACUUUUACAGAGGUAGCGUGGUAUCGGUCCGCACGCCUUGCUUGUGCAUCCAAAAUCCUGCCCCUUCCAUGGACACGGCUCUUCAUAGCAGGUGGCGUUAAAGGUGCUCUAAGUGAAUUAAUCUGUUUUAGGCCAUAAAACAUUUUUUGUUUCAUACAGUAAACAUCUCCUCACUAUCUGCUAGCUGCCUGUCCCCUGAACACACUGUAAAAAACACAGUCUCUAUAGACAGCCCAGGCUCCACAAACUGCAACAAAAACAAAGUGGUCAAACCUACUACCAGAAACCAUGACAAAUGUGUUCCAGCCAAUAAACGACAAGAAGGAUUUGGUAGUGAGGGUUGGGCCACUACACGAGAAAAGCUGCAGCCGCACUGCGAUUCCGCUGCUUGCCAUGUGCCGUUUAAAAACGCCCUUUAGUGUGUGAAUAAAAAUGAAACGAUUAGUUGAGAUUAAGUGUGUGCAGUAUUCACUAAUUAGUGCCUUAUACGUCAGUAAUGACUGGUUAGAUAAUAACUAAAUAAUAUUGAUUUGAUAAAGCCCUAAACAGUGACUAUUUAUUGUUGUGUGUGUGUGUGUGUGUGUGUGUGUGUGUGUGUGUGUGUGUGUGUGUGUGUGAGAGAGAGAGAGAGAGAGAGAGAGAGAGAGAGUGUGCGUGCGUGUUAUAGUUUUAAAGCAUUGCUCAGUUUUAUGUUAAUUCUUGGCCAACACUGGUCACAGAUUUCUGGUUUAGUCUUCCAUACUAUUUUUGUUUGCUCAAAAAUAAGUUGAUCUGUAACACAUGCAAAUCUGACUGCUCUAAUAAAUAACUUGUACUACA